AAGUUCCUCAACAUAUCAGAAAAAGGUUACACGAAGCUCAUACGAUAAUGGAAGACACUGAGUCGAUAUCGAAAUGGGCAGCAGAUGGUUUAAAGAAAUGCCGUAAAAAUAUUCUCAGUGAGGACGUGCUGCAAUAUCGCGCCGAAAGCAUGACAGAAGCGCACUACCUUUUCUUUGAAGGAAAAUACUCUGAUUAGUGAUGGUCACGAACACAAUGCAAUGUUACGUUGGACAAACCUGUCUUUAAACUCGGUGAAUUUCAGUCAAGGGGAUGUGUGCAAAAUGGAUGAUCGAAGGGGGCAGCAUUUUCACUUCUCCCUUGUAAGAGUGCUAAGAGGAGUAGACGCAUACGCGGAAACAAAGGAAAAAGAAAAAGAAGAGAGAGAAAACCCUGAGAACCAGGAUGUGUUGUACGAAGCGAAAGUCAUGGAGACACAAAGAGUACUGGAUGAUGAGGAGAUAACGGUGUACAAUUCUAAGCCAACGAGAAGAAACGAAGAUCUCACAGUUGUGAAUCCUUUCACUUGUAUCGAGGAAGGUGUAAAUGAGUGACAAACACAGGAUGCACAUCGACUGAAAAGGAAAUUGAAAAGGACCAUAAAUUUAGAACUAAAUAAGAAAGAUGUCAUGCCAAAUGAAGAAACA